GGAGCUGUCGUAAAGUCUUCCACUUUCCGGCAGCUCAUGUUGAAUUUUAUUGGACGUGUUGUGCCGUAAACCGCUCUGAGGACAGAACGCAUGGGACUGAGCUGGGGAAGCGUGUGUGUACAUUUCUGAUUAUGGAAGCGAAAUCCAGGAAACCCUUCUCCCCUAAAGGAGGCAAGAAGCUGACACAGAAAGGAAAAGAUUCCAUAGGGACCAAACUCGGUGGAAAACCAGGUGGUAAGCCAGGCGGUAAAAAGCCUUUCAAACCGUACAACAGCAGGCCAGGAAAGAGCGGCGAUGGGGGCAAGAAACAACAGAAAUUUGGUUUCUCCAAAGCUGGGACGGGGCCUCAGAAGAGGAAGAUGGCACCUUUCAAAGCUCGAAACAAAGAAGAGGGUGAAGGUCCUGACGCAAAGAAGAUGAAGAAAGGUGAGUUCAAUGCAGAGCUGAAUGAAGACCCGACGAAGAACAGGCAGCAGAAGAAGAAAGACUUAAAGAACAGCAGGCAGCAGGCGGAGAGGAAGGACAUGUUCGAGAUCAUCUGUAAGGCCAAACGAGUGUGGGAGGUUCUCAGGAGGAAGAAAUGUGAGAAUGAAGUGAAGACUAAACUGAUGAAGGAGCUUCAUGAUCUGCUUCGUGGGAAGAUCAAACAGAUGGCGUUCGCUCACGACUCUGUGCGAGUGCUGCAGUGCUUCAUCCAGUUCGGCAGCCACGAGCAGAGAAUGGAGGUGUUCCAAGAGAUUAAAGGGGACACCCUUACUCUGUCCAAGUCUCAGUACGGCAGACACAUAGUGAAAAAGCUGCUGAUGUACGGGAACAAGGAGUUGUUGGCGCCGUUGAUGCAAACAUUUAAAGGUCACGUGCGUCAGAUGCUCCGUCACUCCAUGGCUUCAUCCAUCAUUGAGUACGCUUACAACGACAAAGCCGUGCUCGCACAGAGACUCAUGCUCAGCGAGGAGCUGUACGGGAACACCUUCACUGUGUGCAAGUCGUGCGUGUUGAACACCGUGGAUAAAGUCAUCAAGGAGAACCCGGACAAAGAGAACAACAUCAUCGAUGAGAUGAAGCAGAUCAUCACUCCCAUGGCUCAGAAAGAACAGGUGAUCAAACACUCGAUAGUCCACAAAGUGUUCCUGGACUUCUUCCUGCUGUCUCCUGAAAAACAGAGAACAGAGAUGAUCGAGUCCAUCAGAGAGGCCGUCGUCUACAUGGCUCACACACACGAUGGAGCGCGAGUGGCAAUGCACUGUCUGUGGCACGGGACAUCCAAGGACAGAAAAGUGAUCAUCAAAACCAUGAAGACGUACAUGGUGAAGUUUGCCACCGGGGAGUUUGGUCACCUGGUUCUUUUGGCCAUAUUUGACUCUGUGGACGACACAAAGCUGGUUAAACAAGUCGUUCUCUCAGAGAUCCUGUCGUCUCUGGAUGAGGUCAUUGGUAAUAAGUACGGGAAGAAGGUUCUGUUGUACCUGCUGAGCCCCAGAGACCCGGCCUACCUGCUGCCAGAGAUCAUCAAGGUGCUGGAGCAAGGAGACGGAAACGCACACAGUAAAAAAGAAACGGGAACUCGGAGGAAGGAGCUUCUGGAAGUUAUCUCACCCGCUCUGCUGGAGCAUCUCCGUGAAAAUGCCGGCACCAUGGUGAUGGACAAGGCGACCUGCGUCACCGUGAGUGACAUCCUGGCGUCUGCCUGUGGAGACUUGCGGCCCGCCAUGACAGCUGUGUCUCAGAUGGCCAAUCAGGAGUUAGUGCCAGGAGGGAUCAGCGGACAGCUUCACAUGGCGGAGCAUCCUGCAGGACAUCUGGUGCUGAAGUGGCUCAUAGAGCAGGACACGAAGAUGGAAGAGGCUGGGAAGGAAGAGCGCUUCGGCAGGAUUCUGGUGGACACAGUGGGAACAGACAAACUGAAGACCUGGAUCAGAGUCAACAGAGGAGCCAUGGUGCUCAGCAGCCUCCUGAACAGCUGUGACAAGUCCGUUUCCUCGGAGGUGAAGGAGGCGCUGGAGUCCAUCAAAUCAGAGCUCAGCAGCAUGAGUGGAAACAAAGGAGCGGAGAUCCUGCUGGAGAAUCUCAACAAGUAGAGACUUUGUAUUUAAAACUGUUGAUCUCAGCUCAUCCUGUGGAGCGGAGGAUAUUUCUCCCUGAAAAUACCUGCAGGUCUGCAAGUGUUUGCAGACAUACUGGGAAUGUUUUGAAGACAUGGAUCCCUCUUAUUUCAGUCCCUUGUGAUGAAAAUCUCUUGAAAUGAAAUGAGACUUGUGAGGACAAAUUAAUAUCACAGAAACCUGUUCAUGAUGCUGCUUGUGUUCAGGGAGUCAUGUGCAAGUUUUACAAACAAUAAAUUACAUGUUCUGUUAUUCUUAAAAUAAAGCUGUUUAACGUCUCUUAUUAGUACAACAACUGAGUGAUGUCGUACUCUGAUCCUAUGAUGUUUCUUUUUCAACACAAACACUUUUUAUUUGCUGGAGGUGGAGUCAUAUAGACCUUAACUUAUCACAUAAUGAGGAAAGAAAUGCUAAAUAGAUUUAUAACGACUGGGUGAGUGAAGAGUGUUUGUGUUGAAGAAAAUAAGCUGUGGAAAUUAUUUAACCAUUGAUUCAUUCAUUCAUGCAGAAAACAAACAUGCAGGGAGACUUUCCAUUAAAACCUGAGGAACUAAAGGGUGUUAUGUCUUUAAGAAAUGUUCUGUUUCAGAGUAAUAAUGGUUCACACAGAGUCCUUAAAUAGUCUAAGAAAAUCACAGAAACACAGUGCUCCUCUUUUAGCUGUCUUCAUACCGAUGUUUUUUUCAUCCCUAAGGUCUUGAGAUGUCUCUAACCAGUGAAACCGAAACCAAAACGUGUCCGUCUUCAAUGUGUGCAGACACUGAACAGCACAGACUCAUGCUAUCUAAAGGUCCCGAUUGUUUAUGCCAUCCUUUAAUUUCAUGUAACAUUUUAUAACUUGUGGUGAUUGUUUCUUUUGAAAAAAAAUUUUGUUUGAAAAAUAAAAAUGAUUGAGUUCUUAAA